AUGGUUCGUUUCAGCAUCUGGAACUCCCUGGGUGCUGCCCUUUUGGUCACUUCUACCCCAGCAUAUGCCCAAUUCCUUCCGAAUCCCCGUUUCCAGCGCGAUGCCGCGGUGGGCACUCGCGUACAGACCAGCAGUGGCCUAAUUGAGGGUCAUGCUGCGUCUCGAACCGGGGUAUCCGAGUAUCUGGGGAUCCCUUAUGCGGUUUCUCCCACGGGAGAUCUCCGAUUUGCUCCUCCGGUCCAAUACCACAGCAAUGGGACCGUCCUCGCCAAUGCUUAUAGCCCGGAUUGUCCUGCCCAUAUUGGAAGCCUACCGGAUUUUCCUGGCCUCACUCCGCAAGGAGCCACCAUUUUCAAAACCUUUGCUCAGCAAUUGGGGACUCCUCAGAGUGAGGAUUGUCUCUACUUGAAUGUAUGGACUAAGCCAACACGCAAGUUGAAACCGGUUUUGGUUUUCAUCCAUGGUGGUCGAUUCAGCGUUGGAGGAGCACACAGCCCCAUGUACGACGGUGAGAACUUGGUCGCCGAGAAUGACGUCGUCGUGGUCACCUUCAAUUACCGAUUGAACAUCUUUGGUUUCUCGGGAGCCCCUGGCCUCACACAGAACGUCGGUCUGCUGGACCAGCGUAUGGCUAUCGAAUGGGUGCAUCAGAACAUCGCCGGGUUUGGAGGCGACCCUGGUCGUAUCACCAUCUUCGGACAGUCGGCUGGAGGCGCUUCGGUCGACUACUACUCGUAUAUCUGGACGGAGAAGCCGUUCGUUACCGGCCUCAUCUCGCAUUCCGGCACAGCAUUGAGCUUCAAGCCCAACACCGCCGAGGAAUCCGCGAGUUACUUCUACCACGUCUCGAACACUCUAGGCUGCGGCAACAGCAGCGAUCCUAUUGACGCGGUGGUCGCAUGUCUCCGCGAGCAGUCAUUCCAAACAAUCCUCGCGGCUGUGAAGAAAGUCCCUUACGCGCCCUCCCCGGCUCUUCCUGAACCUCAAUUCCAUCCUACCGUGGACGGCGUCACGGUCUUUGACAAUUACGCUGAACGCUCCGCGCAGGGAAGGUUUAUCAAAGUGCCGUACCUCUUCACGAGCAACGACAACGAAGCAGGCUACUACCGCGUCAACGCCUUCGCUGCCAAUAUCUCGCUCACAAACGAGGAAUGGCACCAGUUCAAUCUGGCCGCGUUUACCUGUCCCACCGGCCAAGCGGCGGCCGAUCGCGCCGCGCACGGGGUACCUACCUGGCAUGCGCGGUACUUUGGCGACUUUUGGAAUUUGAGACUGUAUGCGACCAGCGGGGCUUAUCACGGUGUCGAUCUGCAUAUGGUCUUCGGGACUGCGGAGAAUAUCACUGGGAUCCCUGAUUCUUGGGUGGAGAAGCGAACGAGCAGGUAUAUGUCCUCCGCUUGGGUGGCGUUUGCGACGGAUCCGCACGUGGGGUUGGAUAACCUUGGAUGGCCGAGAUAUCAUGCUGACGAGAACACACUGAUUGGACUUGGGUAUCGGAAUGAGACCCAGGUGCAGCUGUUGGAUCCGGCCGUGUACCAGCAAGGCUGUGCUGCGCUGGACGGGGACACGACUCUUGGAAAGGGGGCUUUCUAG